AUGUCGGACACAAACCUUUCAGCUGUGAUGUAUGCCAGGAACGACUUGCGCCUUGAAGAUCGUCCAAUACCUGAACCUGGACCAGGACAGGUGUUGCUGGAGAUGCAACAAGUAGGAAUUUGCGGAUCUGAUAUUCAUUUCCUGACGAAUGGACGCAUUGGCGACUUCAUUGUCAAAGCUCCCUUGGUACUUGGUCACGAGUCAAGCGCUGUGGUCAGUAAACUCGGCCCGAACGUGACAAGUCUCAGUGUUGGAGACAGAGUUGCCGUAGAGCCUGGUGUCCCGUGCCGAGUUUGCGAGUUUUGUAAAAUCGGAAGAUACAACCUGUGCGGUGAAGUAAGGUUUUGUGCCACGCCCCCUGACGAUGGAACACUGGCUCGCUACUUUGUUCAUGAUGCCGACUUCUGCUUCAAGCUUCCUGAUCACGUGACAUUUGAAGAGGGCGCCCUGCUAGAGCCGUUAUCAGUGGCCGUACAUGCAACAAACAGGGCCGGUGUUGGACUAGGGCAGACGGUGUUGAUUUGUGGGGCAGGUCCCAUUGGCCUUGUGCAUAUUUUAACAUGCAAGGCAAGAGGUGCUUCUGUGGUCUGUGUUACAGAUAUUGACCCAGCUAGGCUGAAGGUGGCCAAACAAAUCGGAGCUGACCAUGUGGUGACAGUGACCGGCAAAGAUUCACUGGCUACAGCACAAGCUGUUGAAGAAGCAAUGGGAGACAAAGUUGACAUCAGCAUGGAGUGUAGUGGAGCAGAAGCUAGCAUUCAGGCAGCAAUUUAUGCUACUAAAUCUGGAGGCACUGUUGUAUUGGUUGGUCUCGGUCAUGAGACGGCACGGUUGCCGAUUGUGAACGCGUCUGUAAGAGAAGUGGAUAUCAAGGGCACCAUCAGAUAUGCUAACUGCUACCCGACUGCCCUGGCUAUGGUAGCAUCUGGCAAAGUCAAUGUAAAACCGUUGGUAACUCACCGGUUCACACUAGAAGAGUCAUACAAAGCGUUUGACGUUGCCAAGAAGGGGGAAGGCAUCAAAGUCAUGAUCAGAUGUAGUCGCGUUUGA